AUGGUUGUAAUUGUUAUUAGGGCACAGCCCAAAGACUCAGAUGAGGAACAUUAUUCUUCGAGGACGAGGAGUUACGUAGUUGAAAAUCCAAAUCAAGUUUUUGCAUCGAGCCGAUGCGAAAUCUAUGACGAAAGUGAGUCGUGGCCUUCAUCGCACGAUUCCGAAUUGAAUGCAAACUCAGAAAAUAAACUCGUUAAUGGAAAUCGAAUGUUAUGCAAUAAAAAUGUCGAAACAACGUUUGUUUGGCAUUCGGAUCUAGAUAAUUCAUACGUACGGGGGGUCGCAGAGAAAUUACCUUACGAACCAGCAAGGAACGACCAUCGUUUAGAUUCCCCAAUGUCAAAAGACAGCGGAUUCAGUGAUAGAAUAACCACCAAUGGUAACAAAACAAAGAAUUUUAAUAAACUAUACGAAUCGGAUAGCGAAAAGUUUUUAAGGCAGGGUCGUUUUCGUACUUCCCCACUAACAGCACAAGUCAAUUGUCGGAAUGUCGAUAAUAAUAAUACCGUUGCUUAUCUUUCUUGCUCUUCGCAGGUCGAUCCUGAGGAUUCGAUAACAACGACAAAAGAAGUCCGUUUUUAA